AUGAAUGAGGGCGAUAGAGCCGAUGGUGCCGAAGAGCCAUCGCCAGCAGCGGAAGCAGUAGUGGCGACAAGUGACAGUAUUUUAAUAAAGCGUAAGAGGAUUGCACAGCUCGAGAGAAGAGCAAGCAGCCGUGGACGCGACAAGCGCAUGGGAUGCGCACCACGAGGAGCGAGCUGCGAGCGACGAUGUGGUCUGCACUGCUUUUUGCGCGAUCUACGUAACUCUGUCAGGGCUUUGCGCAGCGCAAAUUGCAAUGGUUGGAAGACGGAGAUGAAGGAGGAUAUUGAUGCGCUCGAGGAUAAUGGUGUGCGGCGCAUGACAGAGCGCAGCCCAAGCACGAAAGCUCUUCACUCUAAAGGGUUUUCAUGA